AGUUGGUGGUCACAGUCGACGCAGCGCAGCCAUUUAUCAUUCCAUUCGACUAGCAGCUCCGUAAACGAUGCCUAAGGCCGAGAAGGGGAAGCCCAAGCGUGCAUGUCCGCUGGAGAAGCAGCUGGCCUAUGACAACAAGCCGUGGUAUGAUCAGAGCAGCAAGAAGAAUGCUCGCCACGAUGUCGACGACUCAGACGACGAUAUGGCCGAGGACGUAGUGCCCGAGAAGCUAAGCCGUCGCACGUUGGCGCUGGCCAAGCAGCAGCAGGCGGAGGAGCAGGCCCGACACAACAGAAAUAAGGCACAGACAUCUACCAACGUACAGGCCGAUGACAGUAGCGACGAGUCCGAGUCCGAAGCGGACGAGGACAUGGACGAGUACGACGGCCAGGACCUCGUGCGUAUCAAUGGCGACUACGUGGAAGAGGUGGAGAUCUGCGAGGACGACGAAGAAGCCCUUGCCAACUUCAUGGUGGGCGCGCCUGAGCGUCGCAACCUGGCCGACAUCAUCAUGGACAAGAUCUUUGAGAAGGAGGCUCGUGAACGUGGCGAGAUGGAGGACGACGAAGCCCCGCAAAACAGUAAAUUUGACCCCAAGAUCGUCGAAGUGUACACUGGCGUGGGCAAAAUUUUGCAGCGAUACACGUCCGGCAAACUGCCUAAGGCUUUCAAAGUGAUUCCGAGCUUGAGCUACUGGGAGGACAUCCUGUGGCUCACCAGCCCUGAGAAGUGGUCUCCGCACGCCAUGCGCGCUGCUACGCGCUUGUUCGCGUCCAACUUGAACCCCAAGAUGGCACAGCGUUUCUUCAACAUCUUUUUGCUCGAGCACGUGCGACAGGAUAUUCACGAAAAUAAGCGCCUGAACUUCCACUUGUACAUGGCUCUCAAGAAGGCGCUGUACAAGCCGCAGGCGUUCUUCAAGGGCAUCAUUAUCCCGCUUUGUGAAUCCAGGAACUGCACGCUGCGAGAAGCUGCUAUUAUCGGCAGUGUGCUUUCCAAGGUGUCGGUGCCAGUGAUCCACUCGGCUGCGACGCUAAUGAAGCUGUCCAGUAUGGAGUACUCGGGUGGCAACAGUAUGUUCAUCCGCGUGCUGCUCAACAAGAAGUACAGUCUGCCUACACGUGUGAUUUCGGAACUGAGCCAGCACUUCCUGCGUUUCACGUCGGACACACGCAAGCUGCCAGUCUUGUGGCACCAGUCGCUGUUGGUCUUCGCACAGCGUUACAAGAACGACAUCCCGAAGCAACACAAGGAGGCCAUGAAGCCGCUACUGAAACAGCACUUCCACCACCAGAUUACGCCUGAGAUCCGUCGCGAACUCUACAACGAGAUGUAGAUAGGCACGCAUGGGCAAUACCACUUAGUUUUGGAUGCCAUGCAUGUCCGAUAUAUAAAAGUUUACAUUUGGUCUUACAAAUACUGUGCUCAAAGAGUUUCUCA